GUCCUCUGGUCCUGGACGAGGAGUUUAUUGUCAGGAAUGUGUAGUAGCGCUCAAACUCAGUUUACCGCACCGACUCCGUCUGUCUGUCUGUGUGUCACGCUCCCGCAGGGCAUCAUCCUCUCGUUUGGAGACGUGCUCCGCCUGGAUUAUCUCCCGGUGCCUUCACACAGCUGCUGUUCACCCGAUUUCCUCUUUGUCAUGCAAGUUUUUACUUGAUCAUAGUAGAAAGUCCACUUUGUUGCCAGUCCAUUGGUUUUGGCGAAUGAAGAUUGUUUUGCUCCAAGACGCGACUUCAAUGCUAGACUCAGCCACGAUGAGCAAAAACGGAAUGGUGACCAAGAUCCACACGAGGAUAAGAAGUGACCCGUUCCCGGCCAGUUACGAGUUGGUGGGCAAAGAGCUGGGCAGGGGAAAGUUUGCGGUGGUGAAGAAGUGCAUCGAGAAGGCAACAGGGAAGCAGUACGCUGCCAAGUUCCUGCGAAAGCGGCGGAAGGGUGAGGACUGCCGCAUGGACAUCUUGAACGAGAUUUCUGUGCUGGAGUCAGCCAAGGCCAACCCAUAUGUGGUGGCCCUGCACGAGGUCUACGAAACCAACACUGAAAUCAUCCUCGUCCUCGAGUGCGCCGCCGGUGGUGAAAUCUUCAACCAGUGUGUGGCUGAUAAUGACGAGGCCUUCACAGAGAAAGAUGUGAUCCGGCUGGCCAAGCAGAUCCUGAAUGGGGUUGCCUUCCUGCAUCGAAACAAUGUGGUGCAUCUGGAUCUGAAACCCCAGAACGUCUUGCUGACCAGUGCCAGGCCUCUCGGGGACAUUCGUAUUGUGGACUUUGGCUUGUCCAGACGCAUGGACAACAUCACAGAAGUCAGGGAGAUCCUGGGUACGCCAGAGUAUGUGGCACCAGAGAUCCUGAACUAUGAACCCAUUAGCACUGCGACAGACAUGUGGAGUAUCGGGGUCCUGACCUACGUCAUGCUGACGGGCGAGUCUCCCUUUCUCGGUGACGAAAAGCAGGAGACAUUCCUCAACAUCUCCCAAGUUAAUGUAGACUACUCGCAGGACACGUUUGAAGGAAUCUCUUCCCCGGCUGUUGACUUCAUCAAGUCCUUGUUGGUUAAAAACCCCAGGAAGAGAGCCACGGCAGAGGAAUGCCUCAAACACCCCUGGCUGAACCCACUCCCACAUCCCCACUCCCACCCGCACCUCCACUCCAGGUCAGCCUCGUCUCUGGACGAACCAGAGACAAGCCAGUCCGAGUCAGAGCCUGAGAGCCCGGCCCCCUCCCCGGAGCUGGACUUGAUCGGCUCGUUCCUGGGGUGCCCGGGCCAGGGUGGACUAAAGGCGGGCCGCGAUGCCUUCUCCUUCAGCGAGACCCCGUUCCCCACGCGGCCUGAAAUACAGCAGGAGCUGAUCUGCUGAGUGAUGCUUCACAGGUUGGAGGGAAAGACAGGGACUGAACAUAUUCAAUCUCGACGGACGCUGAGAGCGAAUCAGCCUACAGCUUCUUAGACUGGAUGUGGCACAGCGCCGUGCUGUAUGGAUGCUGUGCGCCUGCUGCUGCUGGCUGCUUCCACUGCUGUGACGUCUGUGAGCUGGGCUGUUUGAUACCUCUGAAUGUGUCUGUGUGUGUGAGAAUAAUACCUGCUACUGCGUGCUGAUUUAUGAUUGCACGGCAGGAAAGUGAGAGGAAUGAAGAUGUGGGAGAAAGACGCAUGAGGAUUCUGUCGCAGGACUGCACUGCUGCCUUAAAAGUGACAGAACUGUUCUCAGCUUCACACUGAGGCUGGUUCACCCCUGCACGCACACUGGUUUCUCCUUUUGAAGGAGGAGAGGCAGCUUCCUGCCUCUUUGGGAAAUGACUUCACUCACUGUGCACUCUCAUCAAAACAUGUUAUGCUUCAGCUGACCCAGACAUACCUUCUGUGAUGAGUUCUCUUAAGGGACCGAAGGGUUUUGACAGAUGGUUCUUCUUAACAAAGGAAUUAAAAGCAACGCUGAAGCCACCACAUGUUAACUUUCUCCACUGUUUGAUAUGCUUAUUUAUGAUUUUAUAAUACCACUUCAGUCCCUUGAAUAAACAAAAGCCCCGUAUAUGCCACAGUUUUAGAUGGAGAUGGUAGCAUUCUUUUUUUUUUUAAGGACAAUCAAGCACUUUUUCAUUUCGUUAUCUGUGUGUGUAAUCAUAAGAAACCAAAGGCUCAUCAAGCACAGUCAGCUGUCACAAUGUACUGUACAUAUUCAUAUUUAUCCACCAUCCACUGAUUUUGUCACACAACCUUUUUUUUCACAAAGUGCCACUGUGUCAACCUCAAGUCUUUGUUAAUAUAAACAGUUUUACUUAAAUUUUGUUUUAUUUUGUUGGCUAUUGCACAAGUUGCACACGUUUUUUGUUUUUUUUCGUACUUAACUGCAAUGAUGCCACACUUUCAUUCUCAGGAAUGGCAGGGGUUGAAUGCAACAGUUCGGUUUUAUGAUUAGGAUUGUAAUAGAUAAGCAAUGACAUGGUCAACUGAAGAGCACAGAGUUGAAUAAAUAUGUGAUAUUUGCCUGCAGACGCUCGGGAGCAGAGAAAUAGUUUUUGAUUUCUCAAAAAAGUACUGAAAUGUAUAUUGUGCGUUAGUAUUAAAAUUUAUUUGUCAGGAUAAUGUUUUUUGUUUUGUUUUGUUUACCAGUGUAUGAAUGUUAACAUCAUUAUAUCAAGUCUUAUUUUGUACUUUUACUUAUUAUUGUCUGCUCAUGAAUUUCAGGCAGGUUUGCACUUGUCCUUGUGGACAUUAUGUUUAAAUGAUUGAAUGUUGAUGGCAUGCCUUGCAAAAUGUAACGAAGAAAAUCAAAUACAUGUGCAUUUUGUAUCAAA